AAAGUUGCCAACUUCAGAGUUAUUGACAAGCAGACGACAAAUAACCUUAAAUUUUGUUUAUUUGAGAAUAAAUUUAUUUUAAAAACUUUUGUUUACUAGAUUUAAUGUAUUUUUUUUGUAAAUAUUGUAGUAAUAAAUAAUAAUUGUUUUUAUAGUUUUAAUUUGAAGUAUUUCUACAUUAAACGAGAGAUUUGAUGGCUUUUUCCCAAACAAACUCACGAGAACUACAAAAUAGAAAAAUUUUGGAAGAAUUACAACUAAAGAAGCAGAUGUUACUUAAACAAGGUGUAACGACAAAUUUAGGUUCUACAUUGACAUCAACAGCCGGUUCUGCAACUACCGUGCCUGCAACACAAACAAGCGAUGGAGUGACAAUAAGCGCUUCUCAAAGAGCAGCGCUUCACAAUGCACAUUCAAAUUCAUAUGGAUUUUUUGUAACGCAAGAUUCCUCAUUUGGAAAUUUAAUAUUACCAGUAUUACCACGAUUUGACAACAAAUAAAUCGCCUAAUUAAAAUAUUUUUUUUUACAAAGAAAAUACAGAUUUAAAAAAAAACACUUUGAGAUAAAGGACUUUUUCUAAACAAAUAGAUAUAAAAUAAGGAAAAGAAAUAAUGGCCAGAUUACGUUUAAGAGAAUUAGAGGAAUAUCUAGAGGAAUUGGAAGUUUUUGAAAAACCAAAGAUAUUACUUGAACAAUAUCCAACAAGUGG